CAUGGGAGACAUGGAAGAAGGAGCGAAUGUACAAUGGCCACCACUGCUGAGAGGACCAAACUACAAUUUCUGGAAGGGGCGCAUGAAGGCGUUCUUGAAAUCACAAGGUGGAAGAGUCUGGAGAAGCGUAGAAACUGGCUGGCAGGUUCCUACAAAGACAAUUGAAGGAUCAGAUGCAAAAAUUCCCAAAACAUUUGAGGAAUACUCAAAGGAGGAAGCUGCAGCUGCUGAAUGCAAUGACAAAGCCUUAAAUGCAUUAUUUGGAGCGGUGGACAGCUCUCAAUACAGACUCAUUGCAAAUUGCACUGAAGCCCAGAAGGCUUGGAAGAUCCUUGAGACAACCCAUGAAGGAGAUGAGAGAGUCAAGACAGCAAAAUACCAAAUUCUCAUGACAAAAUUUGAAAAUCUCAGAAUGGAAGAUAAGGAGAGUAUCACUGAAUUCCAUGGUAGAGUGAGAGAUUUAGCAAAUGAAGCAGAACGCCUUGGAAGACCUUUUGAAGAAGACAAUCUUGUCCUAAAGGUACUGCGCGCCCUGCUAGAAAGCUACUCUGUUGAUGCCAAGGCCAUACGUCAAGCACAUGAUCUGAAGAGGAUGACGCUGGAUCAACUAAUGGGAAAUCUUGAAACUAUUGAAUUGGCCAUGUCAGAAGAACAAAAGAAGAAGAAGACAGAGAAACAAAUAGCAUUUCAGGUGGGUGAUUUAGAUUCAGAAGAUGAUGUCAUAUCAGAUGAUGACUUUCAGGAGCAACUCUCACUGUUUACCAAACAGUUUACAAAAAGGUGGCUUCAGAAAAAGGGUAAACAGGCACUUACACAAGGUCCUCAGAGAAGUUCUCAAAUCAAAAUGAUGAAAGAAAAGGAAUUCAAGGCACAAUCUUCAGAACCAAGGAGAAAAGGGCCACAGUGCUUUGAGUGUGGUGGGUUCGGUCACAUUCAAACAGAAUGUGCAAACAACAUGAAAAAGAAAAGGCAGGCAUUUGCCUCAACUUGGAGUGAUGAAGAACCAGACACUGAAGACACUGAUGGAGAAAGUAACUGCGCCUUUGUCACAUUGGAAGUACAAGAAGACUCUGAAGAGCAGCUAAAGAUACUCCAAGAAAAAUGGAGUGAUCUGCUUGAUAUUAAUAAGAAGAAUGUGUCUGAAAAUCUUCUAUUAAAAACUAAACUGCAGAUCUGCGAGCAAACUGUUGAGAAGCUGCAACAUGAGCUGAGCCAAAAGGAAACUGAAAAUGCCAAUCUGAGACAUGAACUUGAUCAUCAUAUGAAGUACCAGAAGUGGAUAAACAAAGCAGGAGCAGGAAGUUCACAAGAAUGGAUGCUGAGCACAGAGGCAAAAGCCAUUGAACAUCAAGUGGACAUCUCCAAGAUGUAUGGAGACAGAACUGGGCUGGGUUAUCCAAAAGAAGAAUCAACCAAAACACCAUUAGAUCUCUUCAUCAAACGAAGUGACCGCAGGAAGGGGAUAGACAGUCUGCCAGUCAAAGCUCCACAAAUGACAACUGGUACAUCACAUAACAAUAGAAGGCAUCAUGCAAACUUAAGAAUUCCCUAUGAAAACUAUAGAUGUUAUCGAUGCAAAGAGUGGGGACACAUUAGAAAGAUGUGCCGUAGAAUCAAGAGGGGAAGACAAAGAAGUCCUAGAGUCAAGCAGAUAUGGGUGCAAAAGAAUGUGGCAUCACAUGCAAACUCAUGCAUGCGAGUGACUCCAGAGCAAUGGCUAUUGGAUAGUGGAUGCUCACAUCACAUGACUGGAGACAACAAAAGUUUGAAGAAUAUGCAGGAAAUAGAGGGAGGCAGUGUCAGAUUUGGAGGAGGGGCACAUGGACAGAUCAUUGGAUGUGGAACAUUAAAUGUCACUGGAUUGCCACCUAUCAAGAAUAAACUUCAAGAAACAAAGGAGGAAGAGGAACCAAUGGUGAAUCAGGGGACUUCAGUACAUGACACCCACAUGCAACAGCAAGAAGACGAUGUAGCACAUCUCCCAACUCCAGAUCUGCCCCAGGUGCUGCUCAUAGAAUUUCACAAAUCUGAGGAAGAAGUAGAGACAGUUGCGGUGCCAAAGUCAGAUUCAGCACCACCCUUCAACACGACAACCCAGUCACCACCAGAUGCUCAAGUUCAAGCAGAUGAAGAGUUUAUCCAGAUCCUAGAUGAAGAACCACUUGUUGCAGUCUCAGAAGUCCCAUUUCAGGAAGAAUCUGCAGAGAAGAAGAGCAAAAAGAAAGUGACUCCCAGUACAAUUCCUCAGCGAAGAUCUAAAAGAAAGUUGAAGCUGGAGGAAGAUCCAAUUUCAGAAGCACCACCCCAGAAGAAGCAGUCAAAUUCAUCUACCCCUAUGAGCUCUGCAGCAGAUGUCACACCAGUUGUAAAAACAGGAAAGUCUCCUCACUCUCGCUUUGUUUCCUCAAAAGCUAAAUCUCUUUUCAGUAGUGUGCACAAGAAAUCUAUUAUUGUUCAAAGAAGAAUUGAUGUGGAGGAUUUUAAACUCAAGACCAAUCUGAUUCCUCUCCUUGAAAAAUCCAAACUGAUGAAAUCUGUCACUCUUCAAGGGUCAUUUGUGAAAUCUGUUAUCUGUGAGUUCUACUGCAACCUGUCUGAAUCUUGUGCUGAUUCUGCUGACCCCAUGUUUCAUAAGGUGUUCUUGCGUGGAAGGACCUAUAAACUCUCCCCUGCUCUUAUCAAUACUGCUCUUGAUCUUACCCCUAGCAAAAAGGAUACCAAAAUCUUUGAAACGAACAUGUGGUUAGACCUCACAAAUGGUCAAAGAGCCUCCCAGUCAAGCAAAGCAAAAAUUUCCUCCUCAAUCCUCAAAAGUUCCUAUGCUAUUUUAUUAAGGGUUGCAGCACUUCACUGGCUUCCUACUACACACACCAAAACUGUUUCCAAGAUUAUGGCCAGACUUCUCUACAAGAUUAAGCACAACAUUCCUUUUGACCUAGGACAACUAAUCUUUGAUCAGAUAAUGCUCUUUGCAGCUGAGAAAUACAAGGUCAACUCCAUUGGGCUGCCCUAUCCAACACUUCUCUACAGUCUCCUAGUCUCACAGGGGUUCAGCAAAGAAGAAGAUGAGGAGGAAGAACUAGAAGAGCCACCACUCCAAGUGGACAGCAGACACAUGGAGGGAAAACACUACAAUGACAUGGAGGUUGCUGCUUCAACAACUGCAAAACACAAGGAGACACCCUCUUUGGUGAGAUUCUUGGAGCAGAAACUGAUGCAGGUUAAGGAGGAGCUAGCCAGAACCUCACAGCUGAAAGAGAAACUGGAGCUUGAGAAGGGUCAGUUGGUGGUGUUGCUGCGCCAGGCUAGGGAGGCGUAUCCAGAUGAGGAGCACACGGACUCAGCAGAGGAGAUCGUUGAGAGCACUCAUUCUGAUGAACAGGAGAGUCACACUGAGGGGGAGAGAGUAUGUGUUUUGCUCACUUGUGACUUGCUUGUGGAUUUCACUGGUUUGUUUGGGUUUGAUGCUGUUGGAUUUGCUUUAUGGUUCUUGUGACAUGUUCUAUUGCUCAGUAUGAUCUAUGCUUGCUCUUAUGCACUUCAUUCUCAAGUUUAUAUUAUGCACAAGGGUCUUGUGACGGAUGUAGGUACAGCUCUGUGUUACACUCCUUAGGUAUUCUAUGUCAUAGUGUACCUACUCUUGAUCGGUUGAAUGUUACUCUUCAAAUCUUUGCCCCAAUUUUUCAAUAAAACUUGGCAUUUUUU